AUGGCUGUUGUGGCAAUGAGGACAAUGCUCUCUACAUGGAAGAUCAGAGAGAUAUUCGCAGACAUCACGAUUGUCAGAGCUAUCACACGCAUAGGCAUAUGCUCGCCAAACACAACCUUCGCUUCGAUUGUCAUAGAGGAACUUGACAAUGUCAAGAUGGCAGCUCCGCGCCGCAAAGACCAAGGCGUCGUCUGUACACCCCUCUGUGCGAUUCGCGUGAAGGAACUGCACGAUGUCCAGAUGACCCAUCUUUGCUGCGUGGUCCAUGGUGUUGGUGGUGCACCCUUCCGUUCGACAAUUGUGCAGGAAGAGCAACACCUCCAUCUGGCCACCGAGUGCUGCGUGAAACAUUGUGCCUUCGCUAAAGAGCGGGGUGUCGUCAAUGUGAUCGAUCCCGUGGAGAUGUGGUCAAUAAAGCUGAUCUGGCCCGAGGCCGCCGCAUGUUCCACCUCCUGCACUCGUCUCAACACCUCCCUGAACGUGUAUUAUUUGUAA